CCUUUACAAAUAUAAAAGGACAGAAGUAGUGGUCAAGUCACUAGCAGCAAGUGAAGCUAGGUGAAGAAUCAUCAUCAUCUGCUAAAAAUGGCGAUUUUGCAUAUUCACUUUAAAUUCACUACAAUAACCUGGAUCUUCUUCUUUUUCUCAUCUCUCUCCUGCUCCACUUCACACCUGCUGCAUAAUGCUCAUACUCGAAAAUUUGAGAUUGCUGAUGAUAUGUUCUGGAAAGAUGGCAAGCCUUUUCGAAUCAUCGGGGGUGAUCUUCACUAUUUUCGUGUUCUUCCUGAGUACUGGGAAGAUAGACUCUUGCGGGCAAAGGCAUUGGGUUUAAAUGCUAUUCAAACUUAUGUUCCUUGGAAUUUGCAUGAACCAAGGCAAGGCCAACUUGUUUUUGAGGGUAUUGCAGAUUUAGUCGCAUUUCUAAAACUGUGCCAGAAGCUGGAUUUUGUGGUUAUGCUUCGAGCUGGGCCUUACAUAUGCGGAGAAUGGGAUUUGGGUGGUUUCCCAGCUUGGUUACUUUCAAUCGAACCAGCUGUGAGACUUAGAUCAUCAGACCCGGCUUUCCUUCAUUUGGUUGAUAAUUGGUGGGGUAUCUUACUCCCCAAAAUGGCUCCUCUUCUCUAUAGCAAUGGAGGUCCUAUAGUAAUGGUUCAGAUAGAAAAUGAAUUUGGUUCGUAUGGAGAUGACAAAUCAUACUUGCAUCAUCUGGUAAAGUUAGCCAGAUCACACCUUGGAGAAGAGCUAACAUUGUAUACCACUGAUGGAGGUUCUAGGGAAACUCUUCAGAAAGGAACAAUUCGUGGCGAUGCUGUUUAUUCAGCUGUUGACUUUACAACUGGAGAUGAUCCAUGGCCUAUAUUCGAGUUGCAAAAGGAGUUUAAUGCACCCGGGAAAUCACCCCCUCUUUCUGCGGAAUUCUACACUGGUUGGCUUACUCAUUGGGGAGAGAAUAUUGCACACACAGACGCAAAGUCUACAGCAGCUGCUCUUGGAAAAAUAUUGGAAAAAAAUGGGUCUGCUGUUCUUUAUAUGGCACAUGGUGGCACAAACUUUGGAUUCUAUAAUGGUGCAAAUACCGGCGAGGGAGAGUCUGAUUACAAGCCUGAUCUUACAUCCUAUGAUUAUGAUGCACCCAUUUCAGAGUUUGGUGAUGUGGAUAAUGCAAAAUAUAAAGCAUUGCGGAGGGUGAUUGAAAAAUAUAGUGCAGUAUCCCUCCCUCCCCUCCCACGCAAUAACAAAAAGACUGGAUAUGGGAAUUUCAGGCUGCAGAGAACUGCAUUUUUGUUCGAUAUGCUUAACAAAACAGACCAUGCAGAUAUCUUAAAAUCUGAUGAUCCGGUUUCAAUGGAAGUCUUUGGAGAGAUGUUUGGACUGGUACUAUAUGCAUCUGAGUACAUUCAUAAAGGCAAAAAAAGUAUUUUAUCCAUACCAAAGGUGCACGACAGAGCUCAAGUGUUUGUCUCAUGCUCUACCAAAAAUAAGCAAGCUAGACCAAAAUAUGCCGGGACAAUUGAGAGAUGGUCGAAUCAAGCUAUAAGACUUCCGAAUCUCAGUUGCACUUCCCCCAUCAAACUACUAAUCCUGGUUGAAAACAUGGGUCGUGUAAAUUAUGGGCCAUAUAUGUUUGACAGGAAGGGUAUUCUUUCCUCCGUUUAUCUCGAUGGACAACCUAUCCAUAAGUGGAAAAUGCUAUCAGUGCCUUUCCAGAAAAUACCAGAAGUCAAGAAGAUAAGUCCAAUCUUGAAGGAUGCACUGUCUGACAAUAUCAAAAUAUCUAGCCACAGAAAACUGAAAAUUAACUUAGACUCAAUCUCAAAACAGCCAGCAUUCUAUGUUGGUAGUUUUGCUGUUGGAGAAGUUCAUGAUUCUUUCAUAUCAUUUACUGGCUGGGGUAAAGGAAUUGCGUUUGUCAAUGGGUUCAAUAUUGGCAGAUAUUGGCCAACAAAGGGACCACAAUGUAACCUUUAUGUUCCUGCUCCAGUCCUGCACCGUGGCCAAAAUGUUGUGGUCAUACUUGAACUGGAAUCUCCAAAUCCUGAUCUUCUGCUGAGCUCGGUUGAUGAUCCAGAUUUCACAUGUGGUACAAAAAGUUCAAAAGUGCAUCAGCUCUAAAAGUAAUACCGUACUACUUAAUCUGUGGCGAUUCUUUCAGUCUCAUGGAAUUAUAAUGCAGCUGAUAGAAAUUCAAGCCUUUCAUCUUCCUCUUGAACAUUAUGAGGCAGCCAGGUUUACACCUUGGUUCAGGUGGUACCAGUGUAAUCGAGACUGUUUUCACUUCGUAGAAGGAGAAACAGAGAUCAUUGGAAGAAAGAAAAGCAGCAAAGACACCUUUGAUUGCAAGAGAUUAGACCAUAGUUAUAAAAAUUGUAAGAAAUUGAGACAUGGUGGAACACUUUUGGUCUUAGGUUACUGACCAUAUUUUGGAUUUUCUUGUAGCACAAAUGUACUUUGUUAUGCUAGUUUGUAUAUAGGAAGACAACUCAUUUGAGCAAUA